UUCCCAGAUUUUAGAUUAACGUUAACAUCGAAUACAUAAGUUGUAUCAGUAUUAUUGUAGAUUAGGACAUUCCAUACGAAACAGAUAAUUCAAUCGUUGUUUCUAAUAGAAGCAACACCGUAAUAAUUGUCUUCGUUAUCUAGGCAACGGAUAAACAGUAAUAUUAUCGAUUCGAGCUGGAAUUGUAACAGUCGCGCCCAACUUCCAGAAACGACUUUGUCGCGUAUAAUUGUUUCACGUUAUGUCUGAUCUGGCGAAGAAUUUGUUAACGCAAUAUUAUGGGCUCAAUUCGGAAUCACCCAGCAAGAGGUUUUUGUCGAUUCAUAAAUCAAUCGAAGACGCGAAAAAUGAAGAGGAGAAGCAGGUUACCGAUCAAAUUUCUUUAACCACGAACGAGGAAAACGUCUCUGAAAAUGAAUCGCAGAACGACGAGGAUGGUCGAAAACUUAGCGUAGCGAGUGAAUCGUAUCGGAGGUCGUCGCGAAUUUUCGACGACAUUAAUGACGCCUACGAUUCCAACGAAAAUUCAGACACGAUUGAAAUUGAUCUCGGACAAAAUAUUUUAUGCGACGUUUGUGAAAAUGAACCUUCCACGAUACACGAAGAAUUAAGCAUUCUUACAGCCACCGAAAUAAAAGGAAAUUACUUGAAAGACGCGACCAGAAGCGACUCGAGUCUAACAUUCGUCGAGGACACUUUCACUGAGAACGCCUCCGAGGUUUCUGGAUUAACGUUGAAGAAAUCACAAAGAUCCUCGAGAAUCGGUACGCCUCUUCCAGUCUCGAAAAAGGAGCCUAUCUGCAAUGAAACGUUUGCAGAUUUUUCCAACACUGAAAUAAAACAAUUCCCUAACGAAAUAUUGAACAGAUUCUCGCGAUUAAGGAUGCUGUACAUGGCAGACAACAACCUGACCGAACUCCCAAGCGAAGUUUUCACGUCUUUGAGAUACUUGGAAUGGCUGGAUCUCAGGAAUAAUCAACUUUCGUCGUUACCAAACAGUAUAGAGUCGCAUCAGUGUAUCGAAACGCUCCUUCUUCAGGGAAAUAAAUUCGAGGAACUACCCUUGGAACUUUGUACUCUGGCGAAAUUAAAAACUCUUCAGGUGGCACGGAAUCCUCUUGUAACACCGCCGAAAGAGAUUGUUGCUCUGGGCUGCAAAGAGAUUCUAGAAUUUUUGAGAACAAAGUGGAACGAUGCGCACCCUGAACGCCGAGUGGAGUUCAAGGAAAGCAAAAUCGAGCCCAAACUGUCGACGAUUCUAUGUUACCAGUCUCCUAAAAGAAGCAGGAAAAGAAUCUCGUCGAGCAAGAACACUGUUCGCGAUAGGAACGCGUCUACCAGAGACAAACGCAAGUCUUACAAGCCAAGUAACAGGUGUGAAAAUAAAGGUGCGAAUGCAUCAGCGGAAAAUCGCUUGUUAUGGUAUUCCAAGAUAAGAGAAUUAUUCGCCAGACAAUCAUCGAUAUUACAAAAAGUCAAGGACCAAAAUGUUAUGAAGGAAUGGAGGCGAGACAAAAGAAGCUUCAGCACAGCUAUGGAGAAGGCAAUGAAACGAAACGGAGAUGAUAUUCCCUUCGGUUUCGAUCCGGAAGAUUACGCUUCUAUAUUCAAGCGAAGAUCUAAAUCGGAAAAUCUACGCUUAGGAAAACGAGGGAAAAAGAAAUAUGAUCCACCAAAAAAUAUUAACAAAACGAUAAAAGAUCUGUCGGAAUCUCUGGAUCGGCUCGAAAUAAAAACCAUGGAUGAAAUAACGCCGAGAACAAAACAAAGCUUGCUGGAGAAUGAAAUAAAAAAGAUAUUACAAUUCCAAGCUGAAAUUGAAAAUUUGCGAAAAUACAAUGACGUUGCAACGGUGCCUCUCGAGAAUUGAAUUGCAGUACAAUAAUUCUCUUAUCGUUUCGAUUUCGACUACGCCAAAAAGUAUCAGUCUUGACAUGUUUAUUUAAAUAAAUCAGUAGUAAUCACAUAUCGUUCCAUAGUGUUUCAACUACACAUACAUUACUUACAAAUACACGACGAGAUAACUGGAAAUAUAAUUGUGCAUUGUAAGGUUUCAGACAUUUGAAUAACAUCGAAAGAAAGGUAUAUAUGUAUAGAAAGUUUAUCACUUUACAAAAACGAUAUCCAUAAAACGAUUUAUAUUAACUCUCUAUAACCCAAAUUAUACGUGGUUUCUGACAAUAAAAUUCUAUUCUGUAUUCGUUUAACGAUGAUUACAACUUAAAUUAUAAAAUUAAAUUAUAUUUCGGUAGACUUUGAGAAAGUAGAUAACGAAUGUCUUUUGAGAGACUGGGUUAUAGAGAAUGAAUUGGACUUGUAAAAAUGUAUCGACGUACUUUCUGUGAAUAAAAUGUUGUCGUAAACAAAUAAUCUUUCGAGGAAUGAAUUAUAAAUUAAUAAAUCUGAAAAAGGACGGAAAAUAUCAAGAAGAAUGCUUUCCAGUCUUCCCGUCAACUUUUCUACUCGUUUGAUCGCCGUAAAAGCCAGAGUACAAAAAUCCUAGAAAGUGAUGAUUCGAAUGAAAAUAGAUUCGAACAACACGGAUGGCUUUCACGACGAUCGAACCUCACCGUUCUGUACAUGGCACUACAUCAAAUCCUAGUACAAUUCUAUCUCGUUCAGAAUCAAAGAAUCACGCCUAGGUCCGCGGUACGUCUGUUUUUUUUUAAUAGUACUGCUAAUAGGUAUAAGGCAAAUCUCCAAGAUCUCCAUUUUAACCCUUUGCAAUCGGAUGUAAGUUUGGUGAACUCUAUUCACGAUUGUACAGGAUUAAAAUUGUUCGAAAAUACACGUUUUCUCAAAGCUUGAAGGAAAAAAGAAGGGAAGAAAGAGGAUGUAUGGAGACUGGUAACGGAAACGUAUGGCUCAGAGUGCAAAGGGUUAAUUUCUUCUUCCAUAUUUACGUGUUGGCGUGUUCUCUUCCUUUCAGCUCUGCAUGUUUGGUACACAGACGCAUAAAAGAUAAUACGGAUAAC